CCCGCCUCCCCGAAAAGCUCUGCCCGAAGCCGGCUUCACUCCUGCACGCCGACUUCCCGGCGGCUGUCUUGCCUCGUUGGACGACCUGGAGGGUCGGGUCCAGCCUCCUUGCCCCUUGCCCGCCACACACACACCUCCUCGCACCGGCCAGGGGAUCCGCGGGGGCCGCGUCUCCCACGUCCCCCGAGAGACGCCCCUUCCCUGUGCGCCCGGGACUUGGUGAAACUUUGCAGGCGUCGACGGUGAAAUGGAUUUAAUUCGAGGCGUCUUGCUCCGUUUCUUGCUCCUGGCUGCCAGCCUCCAACCCAGAGCUGGGUCACUCCGAGCGUCCCUCCGAAAACCAGGCAAGGUAGGGCCUCCUCUUGACAUAAUGCUGGGUGCACUGAACUGUACAGCUUUCAGCAUCCAGUGGAAAAUGCCAAGGCAUCCUGGGAGCCCCAUCAUUGGGUACACUGUCUUCUACUCAGAGCUUGGUGCAGAUAAAUCCUUGCAGGAGCAGUCGCACAGUGUGCCUCUCAGCCAGGACACCCCAGCUACUGAACGACCUGACCACCAGGCAGUUUUUGAGGAAGUGAUUGGAGAUUUGAAACCAGGCACUGAAUAUCGAGUGAGCAUAGCAGCUUACAGCCAGACUGGCAAAGGGCGUCUUAGCUCCCCUCGGCAUGUUUCCACUUUGUCCCAAGAUUCCUGCCUGCCUCCUACAGCACCCCAGCAGCCACAUGUCAUUGUGGUGUCUGAUUCUGAGGUGGCUCUAUCUUGGAAACCUGGAGAGAGUGAUGGAAGCUCUGCUAUUCAGUACUAUUCUGUGGAAUUUAUCAGACCAGAUUUCGACAAGAGCUGGACCUUAAUCCAAGAGCAGAUCCAGAUGGAUUCCAUGGUUAUCAAGGGCCUUGAUCCAGAUACCAAUUACCAGUUUGCUGUGAGAGCCAUGAAUCUCUAUGGUCCCAGCCCCCUCAGUGAGCCCAGUGACACCAUCCGAACCCUCUGCCCCGAGGAAGCAGGAAGUGGCCGCUAUGGACCCAGUUACAUCACCGACAUGGGAGACAGUGAGGAUGAUGAGGGAUUUGAAGACGACUUAGAUUUGGAUAUUUCCUUUGAGGAGGUUAAACCACUUCCUGCUACCAAAAGAGUGAAUAAGAAAUUUUUGAUGGAACCCAAGGUGACAUCUGUAUCUAACCCAAAGACUAUUUCCAGGCUUGUCCCCCCUACCUCAGCAUCUAUCUCUACAACCACAGUGGCUCUCCAGCCCACUCCAGAAGAGAGGAAGGGGAAGAAUGGCAUGGCCAUGAUGUCAAGGCUCUUCGACAUGUCUUGUGAUGAAACUCUCUGUUCUGCUGACAGCUUUUGUGUCAAUGACUAUACGUGGGGUGGCUCACGGUGCCAUUGCAACCUGGGCAAAGGUGGUGAGAGCUGCUCAGAAGAUAUUGUUAUACAGUAUCCUCAGUUUUUUGGUCACUCCUAUAUGACUUUUGAACCUCUGAAGAACUCUUAUCAGGCAUUUCAAAUUACUCUUGAAUUUAGGGCUGAGGCAGAGGAUGGCUUACUGCUCUAUUGUGGAGAGAAUGACCAUGGGAGGGGUGAUUUCAUGUCCCUGGCUAUCAUCAGACGUGCCCUUCAAUUCAGGUUUAAUUGUGGAACUGGUGUUGCCAUUAUCAUAAGUGAGACCAAAAUUAAACUGGGGGGCUGGCACACAGUUACACUCUACAGAGAUGGCCUGAAUGGGCUGUUGCAGUUGAACAAUGGCACCCCAGUGACAGGCCAGUCCCAGGGCCUGUACAGUAAAAUCACCUUCCGGACACCUCUCUAUGUUGGUGGGGCUCCCAGUGCAUACUGGCUGGUUAGAGCAACGGGGACAAACCGAGGCUUUCAAGGCUGUGUGCAGUUACUUGCUGUUAAUGGGAAGAGAAUCGACUUGAGGCCCUGGCCCCUGGGAAAAGCACUCAGUGGGGCUGAUGUGGGGGAAUGCAGCAGUGGGAUCUGUGACGAGGCUUCUUGCGUCAAUGGUGGCACCUGCACAGCAAUCAAAGCCGACUCCUACAUUUGCCUCUGUCCCCUUGGGUUCAAAGGUCGACACUGUGAAGAUGCUUUCACCUUGACCAUUCCUCAAUUCAGAGAGUCUCUGAGAUCCUACGCUGCGACACCCUGGCCGCUGGAGCCCCAUCAUUAUCUUUCUUUCAUGGAGUUUGAGAUCACAUUCCGGCCCGACUCAGGAGACGGUGUCCUCCUGUACAGCUAUGACACAGGCAGUAAAGAUUUCCUGUCCAUCAACAUGGCCGGGGGCCACGUGGAGUUCCGCUUUGAUUGUGGCUCUGGAACUGGUGUUCUCAGGAGUGAAGAACCCCUUGCCCUAGGCCACUGGCAUGAGUUGCGUGUAUCUCGCACAGCAAAGAAUGGUAUCUUACAGGUGGAUAAACAGAAAGUAGUAGAGGGAAUGGCAGAGGGAGGCUUCACACAGAUUAAGUGCGACACGGACAUUUUUAUUGGCGGAGUCCCCAAUUAUGAUGAUGUGAAGAAGAACUCGGGCAUCCUUAGGCCGUUCAGCGGGAGCAUCCAGAAGAUCAUCCUGAAUGACCGAACCAUCCAUGUAAAGCAUGACUUCAGAGCUGGAGUGAACGUGGAGAAUGCUGUCCACCCCUGCGUGGGGGCCCCCUGUGCCCAUGGGGGCAGCUGCAGGCCCAGGAAGGAAGGCUAUGAGUGUGACUGCCCCUUGGGCUUUGAGGGGCCACACUGCCAGAAAGCAAUCACAGAAGCCAUUGAGAUCCCGCAGUUUAUUGGUCGCAGUUACCUGACUUAUGACAAUCCUGACAUCCUCAAGAGGGUGUCAGGAUCAAGAUCAAAUGCAUUCAUGAGGUUUAGGACGACUUCCAAGGAUGGCCUGUUGAUGUGGCGGGGAGACAGCCCCAUGAAAUCCAACAGUGACUUCAUUUCAUUGGGCCUUCGGGAUGGAGCACUGGUGUUCAGCUAUAACCUGGGCAGUGGUGUGGCAUCCAUUAUGGUGAAUGGCUCCUUCAAUGACGGUCGGUGGCACCGAGUCAAGGCUGUUCGAGAUGGCCAAUCAGGAAAGAUUACCGUGGAUGAUUAUGGAGCCAGGACAGGCAAGUCUCCCGGCAUGAUGAGGCAACUCAACAUCAAUGGAGCCCUGUAUGUGGGUGGAAUGAAGGAAAUUGCUCUGCACACCAACAGGCAGUACAUGAGAGGCCUCGUGGGCUGCAUCUCUCAUUUCACCCUAUCCACCGAUUACCACAUCUCCCUCGUGGAAGAUGCAGUGGAUGGGAGAAACAUCAACACUUGUGGAGCCAAAUAAACAGCUGGCCUUGCCCAAGAGACAGAGCCUCUAUCCUGAGACUCCCCAGGGCCCCAAGACCCUGUCUGAUGCCAUACACCAAGGUCCAGGACCAGGUGUAUUUCCUCUCAUCAGGAAGAAAAUACGCCCUGAUGAAAAGCUGAGAACCAAGACAGGGGUCCCUGG